GAGCUACUCCAGCUCCAGCGACCCCAGGAGACCGACCUCCUCCAGACGGCAGCCGCCCCAGCCUACAGCCCCAGACGCCACCGCCUGGAGCGUCCUGACACCAACCUCCGCCCAGAGUCCGUGUCCAGGCUCCGGCCGCGCCCCUCGUCGCCUUUGCGCCCCGCUGCGAUCCGUUGCUGUGCGUCCUCCCAUCGCGCCCCGACCAUGAUCGCCUCCGUCGCGGGUCCCCUCAGCCUCUCUUUGGUGCUCCUCCUCGCCCUCUGCAACCGGCCCGCCACUGGCCAGGACUGCAGCGCGCAAUGCCAGUGCACCGAGCCGGCGCCACGCUGCCCGGCCGGUGUGAGCCUGGUGCUGGACGGAUGUGGUUGCUGCCGCGUCUGCGCCAAGCAGCUGGGAGAACUCUGCACGGAGCGUGACCCCUGCGACCCACACAAGGGCCUCUACUGCGACUUUGGCUCCCCGGCCAACCGCAAGAUCGGCGUGUGCACCGCCAAAGAUGGUGCACCCUGUGUCUUCGGUGGAUCUGUGUACCGCAGCGGUGAGUCCUUCCAAAGCAGCUGCAAAUACCAAUGCACUUGCCUCGACGGAGCUGUGGGCUGCGUGCCACUGUGCAGCAUGGACGUCCGCCUGCCCAGCCCUGAUUGCCCCUUCCCGAAAAGGGUUAAGCUGCCCGGGAAAUGCUGUGAGGAGUGGGUGUGUGAUGAGCCCAAGGAUCGCACUGUGGUUGGCCCCGCUCUGGCUGCCUACCGACUGGAAGACACAUUUGGCCCAGACCCAACUAUGAUGAGAGCCAACUGCCUGGUCCAGACCACAGAGUGGAGCGCCUGUUCCAAGACCUGCGGGAUGGGCAUCUCCACCCGGGUUACCAACGACAAUGCCUUCUGCAGACUGGAGAAGCAGAGUCGCCUCUGCAUGGUCAGGCCCUGUGAAGCUGACCUGGAAGAGAACAUUAAGAAGGGCAAGAAGUGCAUCCGUACCCCUAAAAUCUCCAAGCCUGUCAAGUUCGAGCUUUCUGGCUGCACCAGUGUGAAGACCUACCGCGCUAAGUUCUGUGGAGUGUGCACAGAUGGCCGAUGCUGCACACCCCACAGAACCACCACCCUGCCGGUGGAGUUCAAGUGUCCCGAUGGCGACAUCAUGAAAAAGAACAUGAUGUUCAUCAAGACCUGUGCCUGCCAUUACAACUGUCCUGGGGACAAUGACAUCUUUGAGUCCCUGUACUACAGGAAGAUGUACGGAGACAUGGCGUAAAGCCAGGGAGUAAGGGACAUGAACUUGUUAGACUAUAACUUGAACUGAGUUACAUCUCAUUUUUCUGUAAAAACCAUUACAGUAGCACAUUAAUUUAAAUCUGUGUUUCUAACUGCUGGGGGAGCAAAGCUCCCACCAAAGUGAGAGCGUUAAGACAUUGUCAUACAAAUAGUCUGCCAAUCUCAGACACUGGUUAAAGACAGUUUAGACUUGACAGUUGGACUUCAUUAGCACACAGCGCCAGAAUGUAUGCCUGGGUGUGUCUCCGAGCAGUGGCAAUGCCAGGAGCAAAGGCUGGUACUAUCCGAGGCCAUCUUCAAAGCAGCAAUAUGCCUGCUGUUUGCAGUGUAAUUGGAGAGGAAAACUAUAUAGUAUGCAUGCAGACAGUCCUGCUCUAGUAACAACUGAGCUGUGCAUCCUCCUAGACGAGGCUGAGUGGCUGAGUCCAGCUGUUCUUGAACUGAGAAUAGCGGAUUCAGCUCUGACAUUCUGAUUCGAAUGACAGUGGUCAGGAGUCGGAAUCCUGUCUAUUAGACUGGACAGCUUGUGGCAAGUGAAUUGCCUGUAACAAGCCAGAUUUUUAUUGAUAUUGUAAAUAUUGUGGAUAUAUAUAUUAUAUAUAUUUGUACAGUUAUCUAAGUUAAUUUAAAAUUGUUUGUGCCUAUUGUUUUUGUUUUAAUGCUUUGGGUAUUUUAAAGUGAUAGCCUCAAAUUCUGAACACCAUAGGUAGGACAUAAAGCUUGUCUCUCUGUGAUUCAAAACAAAAAAAAAUAUACUGAAGUGGAGAUUAUAGUCUAUCAGAACAGAAAGUAUAUUAAUGGUAAAGCAAAGUCUUGGAGGUCAGAUUUCUGUCAGGAAAUGUGGCAACCUCACUGUCAGUGAACAAAUGGCCUUUAUUGAGAAGUGGCUGGCUCGGGAUAGCUGGUCAGAUUUCCAUGUGGAAGUGUUUGCUUCAUCUUUGACUAUGACUGUUUUUUGGGCAGUUUAUUUGUUGAGAGUGUGACCAAAAGUUACAUGUUUGCACCUUUCUAGUUGAAAAUAAAGUAUAUAUUUUUUAUAUGAA